AUGGCGGCGGCAAGCGAUCCCUCCCGAGCAAUGUGGACGUUUGACAACGCCUUGCUGGUGUUGACAGAUGUCAGUCCCAAUCUCCAGCUGCCCCAUCUUGAUCAGUUUCUCCUCACAAACAAGCUGGUGCUUUUGGACCCAAACCCAUUCAAAACAAAGCCUGAUCAGCAGCCGAAAACCAAGGAGGCUCUGGUAACGGUCCGUCAAAUCAAAUACACCUGUCCGAAUAAACUGGAUGCAGAAACGGUGGCUUCUCUAUUGAAUGUUGAUUACAAUGAAGUGGUACGCAUCAUCAGCCAACUGGCCAGCACCUUCGCUACCCUCGAGGAGAAGCCGGAGAAAUAUAAGCUGAAGCUUCCUGAUGACCGAAAAAAGCAACUGGACGACCAGCGGGUGUUCUUUUACUGCACCAGAGUUUUGCAAGAACGGCUAACAAUCUUACGUUUGGUCAUUUUCUUAUUACGCCAGCGGGAAAACCCUCUUCAAUCGCCAACUGUCCGCAAUUUGGGCAAGGAGAUCUUCAUCAAUACAAAGUACAUGGCUUCGGCUAUUGACUCCCUCAACAGCGUUUUGAAAGACGUCACCGAUCCCCCUGUUUACCCUUCAGAAGAUCUCGAAACCUUGGUUCACACCGAACUGAUCAUUUUCGUAACUGAAAUGCUCAAGGUGAUGUUUGAAUUGUUACUUCAGAAUCCUACCGUCACUGUCGAAACAACGACAGCAUGGUUCAAGGACUAUUGCGCUCGUCACAACUGGCUUCUCGCUGUGGGCCCUGCUAUCGCUGUGAAGUUUCAGGAACAAUUUGAGCUUCUCAAGGGACUUACAACCAUGUGCAGUGUUCUCUUUUUGGAUUUAGAACGUUCUUUUGAUGUGGAGAACGCCAUCGAGUCGACUGCCUCAAAGCAAUCAUUUUAUUAUGACAAUUACACUGCUUUGGAAGCGAUCAAUCGUGUCAUAACUGAAGCUACCCGUCCGGGAGAUGCUCCGAUUGUUAGCUAUUGCUGGCUCGUAUUGUUAUGGCGUAAGUUAUACUUCAUCCAAGAUCAUCCUCUGGCUGGCAAACCCCCAUUUAAUAUUCAGGAAGCCAUUCAUGUGUUACAGAAGCACACCUCGGUGCUGCUUGUAUUCAGCGAAAUUGCCCUGCUUAACAACCUCUUGAAGUUCGACGGCAUAUACCUGGCUGUUUUGGUGCAAAUCAUCCUUGCUAGUCCUUUGCAAGAAGUCAGUCCAGAGUUGACUCAUACCAUCUGCCAGGUGGUGCAAAACUGCUCUCCUGUUGUGAUCCAACAAUUCUUUAACAACCCGGUGAUUCAAGACUACCUUGUGCUCAGUCGUACCCGUUUCCCUCUCGAGUUGACCCCAUUUAUUAAUCUUGCACUGAUCAAUGGGCAAUUUGCUGAUUCUGAGUUUCACGAACUCAGACUGUAUACCACGAGUCUUUCCAAGCAAGAGUUGGAGAGAAUUACUGUUAUUGACGAUGAUAACACUGAGCUCAUCAAAUUGAGAGAGCCGCUUCAAGUUUACCCUCCUCACGAAAUUACUCAUAAAUUAGAAUUGAGGCUCGACGUUGGCACAAAGGCAAAGGCUUUGCCGGCUGCAGAAACGACAAAGUCGUUGGUAGCAUUCCUUUACCAAUACAGUGGUUGGGAACUCGUUGGACGCAUUCUUCAUAACAUAUCCAAAUUCACUACCACCGCUGAGCCUGAUGUCAUGCAGGUAGCUUUGCGCAUUGUCCAGUUAAUCAAUCAAGUACUUGAGGACUCUGAGCGCAACGAGAUCACCAGAAUGUUCAGGGAUCUACUGGUUCACACUGAAAAUUUGGAUAUUUUCGAGGUGGUAUUGCGGUUGUUUGAGCAGGCUUUGCACACACGCAAUGUUGAAUUGGCGACGGCUGGUGUCAAUUUCUUGCGGUUGUCUGUUCCUUAUCACAGUGCUGGAGUGUGGGCCUAUUUAGCGAGACUGCUGCUUUUCUCUGCUGACGGUAAACAAGGUCUUGCCGCCAUCUUGUUUGGUGCUAUUGAAAUGGUUUCCGGUAAUUACGACUUUACCUUUGCUCUCGUCAAGCUCACGGAAGCUCUUGCUCGUGACUGUAUGGAGUGGAGUGCUCAUCCCGUGCCUCACGAUGCGAAGCCCCUGAUCAUGGCACGCUUCGCCAAGCAUCUAAUCUACGUUUUCGAAAGCUUUACGCAUUGUCUGUUCAACAAAGCCUACGAAAAACUUGCACUUGGAGUACUGAUCUUGCUGACAUUUCUGAUUAUGUUGGUGCUGGAGUAUGCUGAAGAUUAUUCUCUGGCGCUUGCCGAGCUGGCAACUUUGGUGUAUGGUGCAUUCAUGGCGGACUCGCACGAUGUUCCUCGAGUGGUGUCGCCACUCUUGGCGAUGAUUGACACGAUUGCGGGACCAGUGGACCUUUAUGAAGUGUGGGAUACAUCUGGUUACGUCCAUAUCGAUUGGAUUCAAAGAUGCCUUGAGUUCUGCAAGCUCUUGGUUGAUAUACAUCAGACCAGAAAACAAAAGGUGCAACCCAAAUUUGAAGAGGCUCUUUAUCGCAAGAUGCCUCAGCUCGUUUUGGCUUAUACUCAAAGUCAACUUGUCAAACGUCCGAUCAUGGAACUUUUGUCCUCGCUUGUUUUGGUGCCUCUGGCUCCCCUGAUCUUGUCGUUCAUGGGUCAGAAACUGGCUGAAGUGAUCAUUCGUACCAUCAAAGCUGAUCUUCAAAAUCUGUUUAUGCGUCUUAGCACAAAGGACGCUAUCUAUGACUUCAUUUGUGCUAUAACCAAGGGCGACAACCAACAAGGUUUGUUGGUACUCUUGGUCAGUGACGAUUCAUCCAAGUUGUUGUUGGGUAAUGAAGAGAAACUGGAACUGAUUACUACGAUUCUCAAGAAUAAUGUCAGCAAGGUGACGCCGCAUGAACUGAGUUACCGUUUGCUCAAUGCUAUUGCCCUCACAUUCAACCUGUGGGCAACUGUACGUCAAACUAAGAACAGUGAUGAUUCACAUUUCAUUGAUAUGCUUACUUCGUGGAUGGCUGACCUCAGUAAAACUGAUUCUACUGCUGCUGUUGAAAAAUGGACCUCAGAAAAUAGCUACACUGCUACCGUUCAGCGUGCUCAGGAGUUGCGAGUAGUAUCCAAAAUCGCUGAAAUUUUGGCUCUUUACUUGUUCACAACCACCAACAAAGCUGAGUACCAGAAAAUUUUGGACGCUACUCCCAAAAUUCCGUUUGAAUCAUUGUUUUCGAUUCGAGGAUAUUUGCCUCAGCUCUACUCUGAGUUAGAUGCUACUUUUGAAACAUUCAACACGUCAGUGACGCAAUUCAUCAACCGCUUGCCUCUGCCCGAAUUCUACCGUGUCGAUUUGAUGCAUCAAACCUUUGGGAAGGAAGAAAGAUGGCCCAAGCUUCUUAGCGAGGUGGAAGCCGCGGCCACCAACAAGCUGUACAUCAUGGCUCAAGCUGAUGUCGCGAAGCUGGUCGGUGCACUUGUGGUGUCUCUUUGUCGCAAGUACCCUAAACUGGUAACUUCUGCCAUGCUCAAGGUAGCCGCUACUCUUCUUCAGUUGAACUACGACGAAGGGAUUCCCGCUCAGUUAUUCGAACUGGUGUUCAAUGAGCGCAGUUUGGUGGCAUUUUACCUUGUCUACUGCGUAUUUACCAGCGACGCUAAAGUUGACGCACAAGUUGCUUUCGAUAUCCUCAAACUGUCGCUUUCCCUUUUAUCGAUGCUGGCAGGUGUGAACUUUUUGCUGACUUUGAGCGGUCAAUCACUGACAUCACUUGAAUCCCAAGGUAACUAUCGCCCGUUACUACGCAUAGUCUACUGUGCACUCAAGAUGCUCAAGCUGGAAUCUAGACUCAUUCUUGAACAAUUCAGUGUUUUCCUCGAAGUGUUUGAUCUCAUGUGCAAAGCCAUUCGCACCAUUCUCAAUGAGCUUCUCAAUAAGGUGUACUUGAAGGAGACUGAGUUCAAGACAAUCAAUCCGUUGAUUGACGACUUGGUACUUGUAUUGUCGAUUUUUGAGGCGUUCCUCGGUUUACAAUUUACUGACCCCAUCUUGGCGAACUCCAAAUUGACGCGUGUCGUUGAAGACAAUGAUACCAUCAAGGUGUUGCUCAACUUUUACUCCAUGUCGCAUCUGAUUGAAAUCAAUCAAGAGUUUGUUUUUGCUCGCUUGUCGUUGAUGUUGAUUUUGGAACUCAUGAGUUUCAAUGAAGCUAUUGCCGACAAAUUUGUUCAAGCAGGGUUGUUUGUGGUUCUUGUCGAGUCACCAAUGUCAUUACCCCUUCGUAAGGGUGGAGUCACGAUUACAAAUGGUGCGCAAUAUCAUCGGAUAUGGACUAAUGGUAUCUUGCCGAUAAUAAUCACCACAUUAAGCAAAAUUGGUGCUAGUGCCAUUCCUGAAGUCAGCUUAGCUUUGCAAUUGUUUGGUAAGCAGAUUGGUGGUUGUAUCCUGAGUUGGGAAAAUGACUCAAGUCUGAUCCAAGUUUCAACCGCUUCAAUAUCAGAAACUGGGCAGAUUCUUUUGAUUUACGAGAUUUUGAAGUCGAUGUCGGCUACUGACUAUUUGGCAAAUGUUUAUCGCAAGCAUCCCAAGUUGCAGGGUGAAGGUGAUGAAGUCAAUGAUAUGCCUAUGCUUUCAGGAUUGGAAACUCCCGCCAAAAGAGAAAAGCUUUUGUUGUGUUUGACGAACUUACUAAAGCACCCAAAAUUUUUAUCUACUCGAAUUGUCCCCAGCUCGAAUGAAGAAAGAUUGAUAAUGGAGGCGGGUUCUGAGCCGUUUGAGCAAUUCGUCAAAGGCGUUAUUGAUGACAUUCUGGAGUUGAAGGAUCUUAUCUGA